AUGGCUCACUCUCACUCCCACGACGCCGGAAUUGACCACUCCCACGAUGACCCCUUCAACGGCCACGGCCAUUCACACGAUAUCCUCGAUGGUCCAGGCUCCUACGCCAACCGCGAGAUGCCUUUGAUCGAAGGCCGAGACUGGAAGGAUCGUGCCUUCACUAUUGGUAUCGGUGGACCUGUUGGAUCCGGCAAGACAGCCUUGAUGCUGCAGCUAGCUCGGGCCCUUCGAGACGAGUAUAAUAUUGCCGCAGUGACUAACGAUAUCUUCACAAGAGAAGAUGCCGAAUUCCUAACCCGUCACAAAGCCCUCGCGCCGUCUCGCAUCCGCGCUAUCGAAACAGGUGGAUGCCCGCACGCAGCCGUGCGUGAAGACAUCAGCGCGAACCUGCUCGCUUUGCAGAAGCUGCAGAAGCAGUUCUCGACCGACCUGCUGCUGAUCGAGUCUGGGGGUGAUAACCUGGCCGCGAACUACUCGCGUGAGCUGGCUGAUUUCAUCAUCUACGUGAUUGAUGUUGCGGGUGGUGAUAAGGUUCCUCGUAAGGGUGGGCCUGGUAUCACGGGGUCUGAUCUGCUUGUUGUGAACAAGAUUGACCUUGCUGAGGCUGUUGGUGCUGAUCUUAGUGUUAUGGAGAGGGAUGCGGCGAAGAUGAGGGAGGGUGGUCCGACUGUGUUUGCUGUUGUUAAGCACGGGAAGGGGAUGGAUCAUAUUGUUAAUUUGAUUAUUAGUGCUUGGAAGGGUAGCGGAGCUUAUGAUGUUAGUUUGAAGAGGUGGAAGGAUGGGGCUGUUCGGGGGUCUGGGAGUGUUGAUGAGUAG